AUCAGGAAACAGAACCCGAUUUCCCUCUCUUGCUACAAUCAUUAGUGCCGGAGACACUGGAAGAGUGAAUUUCUCCAUUCUGCUGUCGGAGUUUGGAGGCAAACAGAGGUGGACUCAGAACCCAAUAUAAGACGGAAUUUGUCGAUCUCCAUAGUAAUUGGCGGAUUUAACACAAUGGAGCCUGCCUUUGGGGAGGUGAACCAGCUAGGCGGUGUAUUUGUGAACGGCAGACCGCUUCCCAACGCCAUCCGGCUCAGGAUUGUAGAACUCGCCCAGCUGGGCAUAAGACCGUGCGACAUCAGCAGACAACUCCGGGUAUCACACGGCUGUGUCAGCAAGAUUUUGGCCCGGUACAACGAGACUGGUUCUAUACUCCCGGGGGCCAUUGGAGGCAGCAAGCCGCGGGUCACUACCCCGACGGUGGUCAAACACAUAAGGACUUACAAGCAAAGGGACCCUGGUAUUUUCGCAUGGGAAAUUCGGGACAGGCUCCUCGCGGACGGGGUGUGCGAUAAGUUCAACCUUCCUUCAGUAAGCUCUAUCAGCCGGAUCCUUCGCAACAAGAUCGGGAAUCUGUCGCAACAGAGCCAGUACGAGUCGAGCAAACAGACGCCUCACCCGCAACCGCAGCCUACGCUUCCGUACAACCACAUCUACUCGUACCCGACUCCCAUCUCGGCUGCCGGGGCAAAAGUACCUACUGGCCCUGGCAUGCCCACCCUUCCUGGACACAUGGCAAUGCACAGGAUAUGGCCGUCCUCGCACUCAGUCACCGACAUUCUGGGCAUUCGAUCUAUAACAGAACAACAAAUUAGUGACAGUUCGUCAUUUCCCAGCGCCAAACUAGAAGAAUGGAGCGCUAUAAGCAGGACUAACUUUCCUCCGGCAAGCUCUGCACUAAUCAAUGGCGUGGAUAAACCGCACUUAGAACCAGAGGCAAAAUACACACAGACGCCGAAUGGAUUGCCCACAGUGAACAGCUAUGUCACGGCUCCCAGCAUCCCUCCCUACCACCCACCCACCCAAGUGUCGCCCUACAUGGGGUACAGCGCCACCACGUCGGGCUAUGUGACCGCCCCCACAUGGCAGCCGGGCAGUGGCAGUGCCCUCUCUCCCCACAGCUGUGACAUCACCGGCCCGCUGGUCUUCAAGGGCAUGGCGGGGUCCCGCGAGGCCAUCCACCCCGUCACCGCCUCUGUCCUCUGAUGGGCUCUUCCCUGCGCACACAGGGCCAGGCAACGGCGGAUUAAACCAAAGACAAAGGGGGGGGGGGGGGAUUCUCACCAAACGCUCACCCAGAGUGAUCCUGUACACCAUCGUCUCUACUCUAUUUAUAUGGACUUUAAACAAAAAAUAAUGCUCCCGUUUUUUUCUGUUCUUACCUUUUCUUCUAUUACGUAGUAAGAAGAUGUGUCCUAAGCACCCUCCCCAAAAAAUGUCUCGGAUGACAGAGCCUGUUAAAGUGGGAAAUGCCUCUCCGCGGUGGACACCAUUGUGCCUUUUCAGCAGUGAUCCCACAGGCCCGGACCUGGUGUACACUGGGACUAAGAUCACUGGUGACGCAUUCAACCCAUGUGACAUGCCCACUGGUGAAAAAUCAGUUAAUGGAAAAACGCAAGCCUCUCUGUUUUAAUUGUGUGCACUUCUCUACAAGUUUUUUUUUUUUUUUUAAGGAGUCUUGCAAAAAAUUUAGACAAAAAAAUAAAGAGUCAUUUAAAACAUGAUGGUCAGGUAAGCUUGCAUUUACGUGAUGCAGGAAAUUGUUGAUGUUUUUGAUAUUUUGAAUUUUGUUUGUUGGUUUUGUUUUUGAAAAUAGAAAGUUUUUUUUUUUUUGGACAUUUUUUAAAUCUUUAAAUGUAUGCCAAAACUUCUGAGAGAAGUUACCCUCAUUUUUAUUUAUUGGACUGUAUGGUGUGUUCAACAAAGUGCAAUUAUAACCAUCUUCUUCAUCAUGGGAAUUAUGCACACGUAACCACCAGCAUUUUUAUUUGGCGUUUAAUCGAUGUAUUUAACAGUAAAGCUGCACAUUUCCAAACAUUGCAUUAUGAAAGUGAAUGUAUCUUUUUGGCAACAUUUGACGGACAGACAGCUCUUUGUAGAUGACUGGUUAGAAAUUUUCAAAGCUAGCACCUGUUGUUGCCCCCUUUCUUUAUGUUGAACGUAACAACACCACUUUAAAAAAAGAAAAAAAAGCGACGAUUUCAAAUGGACGUGAGACUAACUAGCCUAUAUCCAAAUAGAUAGGUUUCUUACAACCGAAUGUGUACUCAAGUGCUCUUACAUUUGAGUCGUUACAUUCAAAUUGAGAUUUCAAUAACAAUUAAAAAAUGCUUAUGAUAGCAAGAUUAAUAAUAAUUCUCUAUGUGUAAAUAGCAGCAGUAAUUAUAAAUAUUGUUAAUUGGAACGCAUUUGUCCACUUGUUGUUUGUAAAUACAAAAACCAUAUUUAUUUUCUUAAAAUGCCCCAGAGUGUUGGCGUUUAUGUUUUAGUCUUUCUUUGUCGGCUUCUUCUAAUAGCCAUUGCCCCGGGAUGACGUUCUCCGUAAUGUGUAGGCCUACAUUUUGCCCGGAUUUCACCAUCCGAGCUUGCAUCUCACUGACGAGACCUUAUUACCUUACACUACAAUCAGUAAAUCUAGUAAACCUCCCUUAUCCGCUGUUAUUAUUAUUAUUAUUAUUAUUAUUAUUAUUGUGUCGUGCAAGGUGUAUAAAAAACAUUUCUUGGGUCAAACUCCAAAGUGGGCCGCCAUAGUCUAUCUUUCCAUUUACUUAAGGAAAACCUGAUAGCGUGUGGCUGAAUCCAAGUUUCAUAUGUACACCACGUGGUCUGCCUUUUUUCUCCUUUAAGCAGGUGAUUAAACCCAUGAGAAAACUA